GACCGAACUCAUUUAGGUGAUGGACUAACGUUUUGUUGACAGCAGUCAGCUAGGUUUUGGCGUAAUAUGAUUAGAUGCACUUUUUACAUUUUUAUUUAUGUUUCGUUUGAAAUAGUAGAAUUGGAUUUUAUCUAUCGUUGAACCUAGCUGAUGGUACGAUAUAAACAAGCUAUUUGAGAAACAUUUAAACUGUUUUUAGGGGUUUUUGUAAACUUGCUGCUCUUCUUACGAACCAAAAUACACUUAUUAUCUGUCGAUCAUGGUUGAAAACUCCCCAUCACCUAUGCCAGAGAGAGCAAUCUAUGGGUUUGUUCUCUUCCUUGGCUCCCAGUUUGGCUUCUUUCUGUACUGCUUGUGGGCAUACAUACCAGAGGAAUGGCUUCAUUCUAUAGGGCUCACUUAUUGGCCUCAAAAGUAUUGGGCUCUCGCAGUGCCAAUAUAUAUGCUGGUGGCAAUACUGGUGUUUGUUGUGGUGUUAUUUGGGGUCAACAUGAGCAACACAGCCCCACUGGACUCUGUGGACAACAUCACAGAUAUUUAUGCACUAAAGCAGAGUGAAGAAUGCCUGCAGAAGGGGGGAAUACCUCGAAUAAAGGAUGUCUCCAUCAGUGAUGUCAACAAAAUGUUUUAUUUAUCACCCAAAACAUAACAGUCUGCUGCUGGGUGUUUUGUGGUUUCUCUGUUCAUUUAUUAAUAAUCUGGGGGAACCUUUCUGAUGGUGUAAUAUGCCAAAUCUGUUCGCUUUUGCAAAUUUGUAUGCAAAGUUAACAGGUCUGGUUAGUGGGUUUGUAUGUAACUUUUGCACUGUGACUUUGCUAUUUACCUUUUAAAUUUUUUUUCUUAAUUGAUCAAGAUGUUUCCAUCAUACCAAUAAGAAAAUAUCACUUAAAUAUGUUCAUUUACAGUAUGUUUCAGUGCAUUAAAGAUGAGGUAUUUUUCCACAAGAUAAACUCAACUUUUGUUAUUUUAGACAAAAUAGAUAAAGUUUCAAAGCUGAACCAAGUUGUGUUUAUAGUUUCUGGCUAAACAUAAAAUAAUAUAUAUACUGUAUAUCUUGUUGUUUCAUUGUUGCCUUUGUAUUUUUGUACAAUUCAAAGAUGACAAAAGUGCAUAAAAGAUAUUUUAAAAAAA